AUGGCCUCAUUGAUUGAUAAGUUGAUACAGAGACAGAUUACUGAAGUGAAAGCAAAACCCGAUGACAAAUGUAUAUUAGAACUGUGUGGUUCAGAUGACAACAAAUCACUUUGGUUUCAUUUGCGACCUGUGAGUCAAAUUAAUGGAGAAGUAGUUUUACAAAAGCUGACUCGCACUUUAAACAGCAAUGAACAUUUUUUGGGAGGGUACUUUAAGCUCAACUUUAUUCAUAUUCCAACUUGCAAAGGGGGGAGAAGGGUAAAGAGACCCUUUGAAUCUCUUGAAGCCUGGAUGGAGAGACACAUCAAACAUCAGAAAUUGUUCGACCCUAGCAAUACAAAUGAUUCCAUGUGUUUGGCACGGUGUAUUGUUUACUUGCAAAAGUUUAAAACUGCAAACAAAAGCCGAGCCUUCAGGAUAAGACAUCCUGAUAAUGGAGAGAUAAGAGAAUUUGCAACAAAACUUUGUCAAGAUGCUGGUGUAAAAAUGAAUGAGCCUUGUGGCUAUGAUGAGAUAUGUAAGUUUCAAGCCGUUUUGCCAUCUCAUCGUCUUGUUGUGUUUCUUGACCAGAAUUGUAAAGAAUUUUAUUUUUGUGGUGACACUAAGGAUGUGAACGGAGAUAAGAAACCGUUUCAUUUGUAUAUAUUUUUAAAUAAUGCUCAUUAUUAUGCUGUGAGCUCCAUAACUGCUGUUUUAGGAACAAGUUAUUUUUGUGACACUUGUUUAACAUGUUAUAAAGACACAAACCAUCAUAAAUGCAAACUUUCCUGUGAUAGGUGUCAUGGCGAAGAGUAUCAUGAGAAGACUUUAGGUCUUAUGAAGUGUUUCGGAUGUGGAUUGUGCUUUGCGGGACAAAAAUGUUUCGAUACUCAUCGCAUGCCUGGUUCAAAUGGUAAGAGUAUAUGUCAAGUCAAAAAAUUUUGUGCAAUUUGUGAACGGUCUUACCACAUUACUCAUAAAAUGAAAAAACAUAUAUGUGGUUAUAGAAUUUGUAAUUAUUGUGGUGAAAACAUGCCUGCUGACCACAAAUGCUACAUGACUCCCUGGGAAGAAAAACCUCUGACUAAAGGCGCCCAACAGAUCCGUCUCUAUUUUGACAUUGAAACCGAUCAGUCCUUUGAUGUGGAAGGCAAAGAGGGAUGGAAAGAGCACAAAGCUCGUCUCUUAGUCUCCCAGCAUGUGUGUGAUGACUGUGAAAAAGAUACUGACAUGACAAAAAAUUGUGAUUCUUGUGGUGUAAGGCAAAAUGUUUUUGAAGGUUUUGAGGCAAACUCCAAUGUAGUGUCAGACUUUUUUGAUUUUUUACAGAAGCUCUGUAGCGAGAGGCACAGAGAAAUCACUAUAUUCUGUCACAAUUUUCGCUCAUUUGAUGGCAUUCUUAUUUUUCAAGAGUUGAAAAGGCGGAAAACGCCACCAAAAGUUGUUCUCAAUGGUGCAAAAAUAUUAAAACUAACAGUUGGCAAUUUAGUGUUCAAGGACUCCUUGUGUUUCCUUCAACAACGACUCAAGUCACUACCUAAAAGUUUCGGCCUCACUGAUCUGUGCAAGGGAGACUUUCCCUUUUACAUGAUAGAAGAAAAAUAUUUUGAUUAUGUUGGACCAAUGCCUAGUAAAGAAUUGUACAGCACUUCUCAUCUUAGUGAUCAUGAUUUAAAAGAGUUCAACGAUUGGUAUGAUGAGCAAGUUAGAAAUAAUUAUGAGUUUAAUUUUAGAACUGAAAUAUUAAAAUAUAUAGUAUCCGAUGUAUCUAUUCUGUUACAAGCAAUGGAGAAGUUCAGGACACUAUUUAUGGAGACUGCUCACUUUGACCCUCUCAAACAUUGCACCACUCUCUCUUCAGCAUGCAUGUGUAAUUUUAGAAAAAAUCACUUGGGUAAUUCUCUAAUUGGUAUCGUCCCUUGGGGCGGAUACAGAGGCAGAGACAAGGCAAGUCAUGAGGCCCUGUGUUGGCUGGAUUAUGAAAUGCACAAGUUGGGUAAAAAAAUAAUGACAGCAGAGAAUGGUCGUGAAAAAUUUGUAUUAAAAUAUAAAGUCGAUGGUUAUGUAGAAAUAGAUUUACCUAAUGGCAGAGUUGAGAAAAGAGUCUACCAAUAUCACGGCUGCUAUUUCCACCUUUGCAAAAAAUGUAUACCAGAUGAGGCGUCACGCCAGAAAAUCAGAGGUAGGUCACAGGAAGAUCCCUAUGAAAGGACAAAACAUAUUACAAAAAAAUUAAGAGAUCAUGGUUAUGUUGUCAUUGAAAAGUGGGGUUGUGAGUUCAAACAUGAUUUAGAAAACAAUGAGGAAGUAAAAAAUUAUUUCGCAAACAAUCCUUUCAAAAGAAUGAAACCUCUGAACUUACGUGACGCUAUUUGUGGAGGAAGGACAUCAGCGCUUUACACUGAAUAUGUGGCAAACUUGAAACUCGGCGAAAAGUUGAAAUUUUUCGACGUGGUAUCGGAAUAUCCCUUUUGUAUGUUUCGUAUGGCUUACCCAGUGGGUCACCCCACUAUUUAUCUUGAAGGCGAUGUGGACAUGCCUGAAAUAGAUAAAAUGAACGGUGUUAUUUUGGCUACUGUGUUGCCACCCAAGGACUUAUUUUUACCUGUGUUACCUUAUAAAUGUUGUAAUAAAUUAAUGUUUCCACUCUGUAGAACUUGUGCUGAAAAUAUGAGUAAGACAGAUUGCCAUCAUUCUGAUGAGGAGAGAGAAAUUGUAGGCACUUGGUGUGCCCCUGAACUGCAAUUAGCUGUAAAAGAAAAAUAUGUUAUUAGGAAAAUACAUGAAUGUUAUCAAUAUGACUCUGUGAAACAAUAUGAUCCCAAAACAGGUCAAGAUGGAAUGUUUUCCUCCUAUGUCCGACAAAACAUGGCCAUGAAAAUUGAAGCUAGUGGUUGGCCGAGCAAUGUGACGACUGAAGAAGAGAAAGAUGCCUUCAUCAAAAAACAUUUUGAAAAGGAUGGUAUUGUGUUGGAUAAAACAAAAUUCCAACGCAACCCUGGCAAAAGGUAUCUUGCCAAAUUGAUUUUAAAUUCCUUUUGGGGAAAACUGGGAGAGAGAACUCUCCGAACAAAGACCGAGUUUGUCAAGAACUAUGCUGAGCUUGCACGACUCACCGAGGAUUCCACAAUUAAGAUCUCAUCAGUUCUGCCGUUGGAUGACGAUUUACUUCAAGUUGUCUACACUCCCCAUGAGGAUUUGGAAGACUCUCUCCCAACAACAAGUCUCGUCAAUGCUGCAUUCACCACUUGCCAUGGUCGAAUCGUUCUCUACAACUAUUUGAAGGUAGUUGGCGAGCGGGCUCUGUACCAUGACACAGACUCUAUCUGUUUCAUUUCCAAGCCGGGCUACCCUGAGCCAAAGCUGGGAGAGUAUCUUGGCUGUCUCAGCGACCAAUUGGAAGACGACCAUGGAAAAGGCUCAUAUGGAAUCUCCUUUGUAAGCGGGGGGUGUAAGAACUAUUCUUACCAGGUCUGUGUAAAAGGAAAUAAAGACACGAUCAAGAGCAUUGUCAAAGUGCGCGGCGUCAGCAUAAAUAAUUCUUGUAGCCAGCUUGUAACCUUUGACAAAUUAAAAGAAAUGGUGAGAGGUGAAACUGAGAGCACCACCAUACACAUCCCAUCCAUGAUUGACAGAAAGAAUUGGAAAAUAAUAACUAGACCCGGCCACAAAACGUGGCGCGUAUGUCUGAACAAGAGGAAACGGUUAGAAAACAACAUGACUGUUCCUUAUGGGUUUUCGGGUACUCUGUUUGACGCCGAAGACUACGAGACCAUUGACAUCCUUCACGGGCUCUCAGAUGUGUAA